AUGAUCGACAGAAGCCAGCACAUGUGUGUUUGUGGGAAAAACAGCGAUCUCAAUUCGAAGCCAUGGUUUUCUGAACUUCCGACCCCUCCAACGAAGAACGAGGACGAUCCUACCCGGGUCGUGAAGUUUCUCACUUUACUAGCUCAGCUGGUGGCGUCCGUGGCAGACACCACAUUGGUCAGGUAUGUGCAGAGUUGCUUGCAGUACUUUGCUUUGCAUCAGGAUCUGGGUUUUGAUGCAUCUCGGAUCUCCCAGGUGCAAGCCUAUGAUGUUAUGAUACAGCUUUACCGGUCCCCUGAGGAUGAAGAAGAAGUUCCCACGUCAUGCUUUCCCCUCAAUACGUUGAAGGCUCUGAGGUGGAUGGUCAAGGUGGCCACCAUUUCCUUUCCGGAUCUUUACACAGGCCUUUUUCAUUCGGUGGCUCACCAACGUAACGAAGCAGAUCGCCGAGAGUCAGUGCCUUUGCCUCUGGAUUUUGUUGCUUACCUGGAGUUUUGCCUGCUUUCAAAUACCUUUCCUGAUCUGCAAUUGAACAUCGGGGCGCUCCUGGUUAUGAUUUGGGGCUCUCUGCGGUUCAGCGAUGCCAUGCAUGUGAAGUGGGGAUCUUUACUUUACGAACAAGAGGUGGGCCGUGGAAUUUCUUUCCGGACCAAGACCUCAGUGCGUGGUGCUCCCUUUGGGGUGGUAGGAGUGGGCCUUCUCGGUCCAUGGUUCCAGCUAUGGCUUGCUUUACUGAAAAAUGAAUGGUGUCGUAUUGGUAAGGUGGCGGGCCCUGUGGAGCCAGAUGCCUUACUUUUCCAUGCGAGCGACGACGAGUUGUUCGUUCCCAUGACAUAUGGGGAGGGCCUUGCUACUUUACGUCACCUUUUAUUGCGUUGGAACAAGCUUUCAGGUGCUCAGGUGCAAAUGGAAGCAGAUCUGGCAGGUGCUACUUUUCCUUUGGCAUCGGACCCUGGUGAUGUUGUGGCCCCAGAGAAGGCAACCACACUUCCUUUGCACUCGUCAGGUGAGUCAGGCAGCAGGCACUCCGGAUGA